AUGAAAGACGACAAGCAGAAGCUCGUGAAAUUCCGUGAGACAAAUUGGCAGCAGCAAAAAUUCAUUGCUGGAAAUCAGGAGUUUAAUCAAGAGCUGGUUAACUGGCGUCCAACACCGGGCAAAAUGAAGAUGAAGAGACCACAGCAGGUGAUCUAUCAGAGCAAUUUUCAGGCCAAAUCUGGAAUACAGGUUGGAAAACCAGAAUUAAGAGUGUUUCAGAAGAAAAGGAGGUACACUGAUAGCUACCGUGGAGAGAUGCCCUGGCAUAACAUGAUGUCCAGAGAACAAAAUUACCAGUUUGGGGGUGAAAGCCCUAGGAAUGAUGUUUGGCAAGCAGGUAAAAGAGGAAAGUGGGACUAUAAUCAAGGAAUGAAGAAUGAGAGCCCAAUGUCUCAUGGAGGUAAGAGGAGAAGUGGAAGAGGUUGGGGAGAUCAGAUAAACAGAGGCAAACAAGGGUUUAGCCACAGUGGAAGACAGGAUUUGGAAACAUGUCCCAUUCGUAGCAGAAUGACGAUGAAGGAGCUUGACGAGAAACUUGCUGCAUAUACCAUAAAUACAGAGGUUACUAAUAAGGAAGUCAACAACUCCAGUGUAGAAGAUACUUCCAGUGAAAAAAUGGAAAUUGAUAUGCCCAUUGUUGAAAGCCUUCCCGAGCCAGAAAAUUUUGAUGGAAUAUUCAACAAUCAUGGUCAUUAUAAUGCACAGCAAUUUGGCAGCAUGUUCACCUCUGUAAAAAUGACCUGCUAUGUGGAAAAACACUUUUAA